AUGAGAUGCAUUGACCUUCUUGAUCAGACUGCCUACAGUCUUGUGAAUGUAAUAUAUCUACCGCUUAACAAUUGCAGGAUGUUUGACUCUGUAACCCAUGAUUUCAACAACACUGAAGGUUCAGGUUGUUCGGACUUCAAAAGCAAGCCCGAUGGAUGGGAAACAACAUCAAAGGCACAAGAUGAAAAUGUAUGGGAGAUGUCACAGAGGGAAGAAGAUAUUCUACUCCAAGAAUUUGAUCGUCGAAUUGCAUACUGCAAAUUUCAGAUAGCUAGUUUUAUUAAACAACACAUAUUUAGCCGAAGAAGACCAAUUGAUGGCUGGAAAUAUAUGAUAGAGGAGAUAGGACCAAAUGCCAAGAAAGGGAAAGGUAGUGUUUCAAGGUUACCAAGUUUAUCGGAUGCGUCAACACAACCAUUCAAAGAGGAGAAAACACCAAUCAGUGGCAAUCUCACUCCCUUAAGAGGCAGGUAGCUUUGUCUCUGAAUUCUUGUCAUUAUCCAGUUGAGCACUUAUUCUGGGGCGCUACCAUUUCUAGCAGUUUUAGCAGUUUUUUGAUGCGGUAUUAUCUUAGGGUAGUAUGGUACCAAAAACCUACUUCUCAAGGUAUUAGCGAAGUUUCUCCCAUGAAUUUUCUCUGAAGUUGGUGGCUUUUCGGAUCCUGCUAUUUGUAUAUAAUGUUCCAUUUGAUCUUCGGAAUAUUAUCCAAUCUUUAUGGUUUAGUAACCCAAAAAAGAAAGAAAGAAAGAGAAAAAAAAAAACUAUGGAUUGUGAACCUGAUGUCCAUGAGGAACAAGUCCUCUGCAAUUUUUAUAUUCUGAAUGAGUUAAAAAGGGAUUCAGUAAAUAAUUGCCUUGUGUUUAAUUCAA